AUGAUUUGUGGUUGCGGUCAGGAGGAAUCUGCCGCCGGGCCUCGAGUAAAGCCACGGUCCCAUCAGGGAUCCAAUGUUUUUAUGAGAUUGGCUGAACUUGGGCAACCUGGCAGUAUCCCCCUCGUUAUUCCUUCGGGUGGCAUGGCAGCUAGGCACCGAAAGGGUGUUACAGCUAAACGAUCACUGCAUGGUCAGCUGCUUACAGAUAAGGAGGCCUCAGUUCGUGAGAUGGACGACAUAUUAGCACCUGCUGUACCCGUAGCAGGACAACCCAACUGUAACAUCCUUUCGUUGCCUAGCUCCCAUGCCACCCGAAGGAAGCACGAGGGAUGGGAUACUACCAGGCUGCUCAAACCUAGACAGAACAAAUCGAGAUGCAUAAGUCGGAUUCAAACUGCGGACCUUCAGGCCAGCUAUCUAGAGCCCACAGGUGAAGUAGAACCCUGGACGGUGAACGUGGAACCACCUACGGCCUCGGAGGUUUACGACUGCAUAUGUUCUCUGAGGCGCCACCGAGCUCCCGGUCCGGAUGACCUUCCACUCGCACUGUUCAAACACGGCGGUGAAGUCCUCAGUCAGCGCUUGUCCGAUCUGUUUGCUUGCAUUUGGGGAAAGGAGUCUGUCCCAGACAACUGGGGAGAAUCGGUGAUAGUACCCAUUUUCAAAAAAAGGGCGCGUAGUGAGUGUGGUAACCACAGGGGGAUCAGCUUGAACCCGGUUGUAACGAGACUGUUGGCGUCAACUGUGCUUCGUCGCCUUACGGUGGUUUGUGAGACAUCGACUCGAGAGCAGCAAGCGGGAUUUCGGCCAAAUCUUCACACUGCGUCAGAACAACGCCAUAGGUAUAAGCGACCCACGAUUCUAGUAUUCCUGGAUUUCCGAGGCGCAUUCGACUCGGUUGAUCGGUCUGUUCUUCUUGAGACGCUUGCCCACCAAGGAAUGCCCCGGAAGUUUGUAAACAUAAUACGUUCUUUGUAUUCUCAGACUUCCGGACGUGUGAGAGUGUACGGAGAGCUCUCCAAAAGCUUCCGCACACAAAGCGGUGUCCAUCAGGGAUGCCCACUCUCUCCAUUCCUUUUUAACUUUGUGAUCGAUGAAAUAAUGAGACGAAAGCUGGAGGGUCUCCAAAACCCUGGUGUUCAAAUAGCCAGUGAAGAAAACCUCGUCGAUCUGGAAUACGCAGACGACAUCGUUCUCAUGUUCGAAGAGGAGGAGAAGGCGCAAGUAUUCUUGGAUGAACUGACCAAAGUCAUCCCGUCCUUUGACGACAUCGUUCUCAUGUUCGAAGAGGAGGAGAAGGCGCAAGUAUUCUUGGAUGAACUGACCAAAGUCAUCCCGUCCUUUGGUACGCAUUUUGCACCCACAAAGUGUAAGGUCAAGCUUGUGGACGUGCAGUCACUGAACACGCCAAUUACGACCCAGGGGGAGGCACUGGAAGUUGUGGAGCGUUUUACGUACCUUGGAAGUUGUAUUAAUUCUGAUUGCAGUGUGACAGAUGAGGUCGCGUUAGCUAAUUUGAGACACCUACGGCUUCAGGAUGGUGUAUCCCUGAGACUCAAAGGAAGAACAUAUCAAGCCGUUUUGUCGCAUGGCUGUGAGACUUGGCCUAUUCGAGCAGCGGAACUGAGACGCCUCCAGGUGUUCGACAGUUGUUGUCUCAGAACCAUAGCUCGCGUGGGUUGGUGUCGGCGAAUCCGUAACGAGGCAGUUAGAAACGUGUUUUCGAGUCGGUCGGUGAUGAUGAUCUCUGCAGGCUGGAAUGGAGAUAACGUGGAGCAAAUUAAUUUUCUCAGCUUCCGCCUAAAGGAUGCCAUAGCACCCUUCCGGUGCCCAGUUGCCAUGUCACCCGAAGGAAACACGAGUGCUGGGACACUGCUAGGUUGCCAAAGCUUAGACAGGAGCAGUCGAGAUGCUGAGGUUCGGUUCAAACCAUGGAUCUUCCGGUCCGAUAACCACAGAGCAUGUAGAAAAGAAAGAAAGCGUUCAGCUGUAGCACCCUUCCGGUGCCUAGCUGCCAUGCCACCCGAAGGAAGCACGAGGGAUGGGAUACUGCCAGGUUGCCCAAUCCUAGACAGGGGAAGUCGAGAGGCAGAGGUCGGGUUCGAACCACGGACCUUCCGGUCAGUAAAUUCGCGCUCUAACCACUUGGGUCAUCUCGCCACAGAGCAUGUAACCAUCUCGUCUGGCUUAAAGAGGAGCUCAUGGACGGGAGGUUCGCGAAUGCCAUGUAUUGAUGGGAAACCAUUCCGUAGACAACUCCCACCGGUUGAUUUGGAUCCGAACGAGUCGGUGUUUUUUUCACCAGUUACUCUGGAGAUAUUUCGAAACUACGAUGAGUAUUUUGAUAGAACUGUUCUCGUGAGCAGCCUCGUUUGGAAUUGCCAAAUCUGCGGUCGCGGCCAAAUGACAUUCGUCGACGCCGUUUCCUGUGAGCGCAGCCAUGUGGGCACAUUUAAUCCCUCACUUUCUGCUGGCCUGCUCUAUAUCAUACACAAUUCCAGACGUCGACGAUUGAGCGAGCUGGUAGAACUGUUAUCUGCGUUUGCUAAUCAUCGGUAUUUCAUCGGAGAACCAGUAUGGAAUUGUGUGUUGGGUUACAGAAAACGCACACCUGCCACGAUUCGGCGCGUUUUGUGGGCAGCAUCCUUACCCGACGCUGGUCUUGGUCUCGACAGAAAACUCAGUAUGCUGCAGUUUGAAAUCGACGAUUACCUGAGUGAAAUCAACAUGGAAACUGAAAAUGAGAAGAUGUUCAGCCCACGUGGACUAGUGUAUCAUGUGGUGGACGACAAAUGUUCUGGUGUUCCGUAUCGUCAUCAAUUUCGGCCCCGGACCAUCUUAUCAUUUACUCGUCUGGAACGCCGUAAUCGAGAUUUGUUGACAAGGGAUCGGAUAAAGACGUUUAUCAGACACACAUGUGAAUUAAAAAAUGGAUUUUUUUCACCAAAGGCUUGUGUUAUGCGUCAGUUCAGUCUUUCUCCCUACGGACCAGUUACAUGGGUCGACUUGUUCCUUCCUCCUGAACCAAACUGGGAGGAAGUGGCGAAACGAUUGCCCAUGAUAAUGGACAUUGAUAGACCGCUCUCCUGGAAGUGGACUCAAGCUGGAACAAUGUCCAAUGUGGACUGUAGUCAGCGUUCAGUCACACAGCACCAGCCAGGCUCCAACCGGUCAGCCCGCGCAAGUUCACACACACGGAAGCAGAUGUUAGGCAGCCGGAAUUUUCGUUUUGUUUCAGACGCUGGACAUUCUUCCACAGCGCCCUUAGGAUCGCCUGACCUGUCAACCUUUGAUCCAAGUUCAAAUCGGUUCACCGAGCAUUGGGAACGUCUGGGAUUGGAGCGCGAAUGGGGCGCAGUACGCCUUAGUGAAGAUCUUGAUCUAUCCGACUUGGUUCCACUGCCGGACUUCCCUGAGUUCACAUCAUCCAUCGCGCCGGAAGACAUCGGUUCCACUAUUCAACUUUUUGAAUUCCUCAAUGUGUUUGGCGUACAUUUGGAUCUGUUUUUUCCCAACGAGACUCCUCCGGACUGCCGUUGGAUUAGCACGUCUUCUGGUGCUGAACAAGAUUCCACUACCUCCACUUCUCUCCCAUGGUCUACUCUGGUCAGUAGUUUAACUGAAUCAGAUCCAACCGGUCCGCUGGCUGACCUGUUCAUCAGUCUUCUGUGCGCCAUUCGAAAACUUGAUGUUGAUGCAAGCGCAAAGCAGAUGGGACCGACAGUUCUUGCUGCUACGUACGCUGCUGCAGCGGCCGUAGCUUCCGCUGAAGCGGGCGUGAACUUCGGCUCUUUUACAAUUGGUCACGCGUCUGACUACGAGGAGGUCUACGAAGAGCUUAUAUCAGGUGACGAUGGCAAGGAAGUUCUACGUGUACUCGGCGAAGCCGGAGCAGCCACGCGCCUAAACGAAUUGGUCGGUAUUCCCAGUUUGGCAAGUAAUCAAGCAGCUGGUAAGGCUGGCAUGGUGAUUCGGAACCUUGAGGAACUCGUAUUGGAUAAUAGUGCUGCGUCAAAGGAGGACCAACAAGCCCCGGUCACACUGAGUCGUAACAGCACGGCGCGUGCCGCCACAAUGGCGAUAUUGGCUGGUGCAACUUCAUUGUGUCCUUUGGACCGAGCAGGUCUUUCGAAAGCGUUGUGGCUGCACAUCAAAAGUUCACCUGCCCGGAUUUCUAGUUGGCGAGGUCAAACUCGCGGUAUUAUACGGCCAUUGGACGACCCGGCCUUCAUCCUUGCGCGGGAUUCGCCUGAACUGUUGGACAAGUUAAAUACUGUGUCUGUCUACGAAUUGACCGUCCGUGAAAAGCUCCAGCUGCUGUCGUGUUUGAUGGAUCAGCUCCUACUCUAUUCGCACACACGUGAUCGUUUCGAACAUAGCUUUAAUCGCCUCCGCCUACUUCGUAGCCAGUUACGUUCAGCAGACGCAGUGGACGAGACCGAACCUGAGCAGACUGCUGGAACAUCGAAAUCGGGGCAGACCUCUUCCAAAGCAAAACCUGAAAACUCCGACGACGAUAACCGGUCUUCAUCUGUACGUGAACGACCCAAAAACGUUUACUCUAAUCGUCCAUCUAGCCGUGGUGGAGAUUCUGACGUUCCUAGGAGCAAGUCAUCUCAAACGUCUGUUGAGAACGUUUCGAGUGAGAUGCCCUGCGCCACUGUGCAAACUUCCGUGAAACCCAAUCUUUUGGUAUUGGAUAGUCCGGACGCAGAUCUAUUGCAGUCCGUUAAAACUUUACGAGCACUGAUGGAGGCAUCACGAGGUUGCUGCUUACUUCCAUUAGGACAAGAUCGCUUCUAUCGGCACUACUGGUACGUACCGUCCCUAUCGUCAAUUCUUAUUGAAGAUGCUCCGUUGUCGUGUGGACAGGAUGAACUUAAAAUGGCCCGUCGCCAGUUUUCUUCCUUCUUUCCAGAAGCAGCGGAGCGCCUGGGGCUAUACUCAUUUAUCAGUGCAGCGCUAAAGCUCCGGGAAUGUGUGAAGCGGUGGUCCACUGGUAAAAUACCUAUUUCUGAUCGUGAGAAGCUGACUUAUCGACUGGCCUCCCGAAUACCUAAGGAUGUCGUCUUGGAUAUCAAUCAGCUUCGAUUGCUUGUCAGACCGGGACGGCUCCUAGAGUCUGAUAUUGCCAGACAGAAUUCCGGACCAGCAGUUGUUCAGCUGUCCAAUUUGUUGCGUACGCGCGUGAAUAACGCCGGCUGCAAUCAGGUGCGUUGGUCCGUUGUGACUCUAUUGCCGGGACCUCCUUCGGAGUCUGUUGAUUUGGAGAAAUCUGUGUCACUGGGCAACUCGGCACUACAUAUUCAGUCUUCAUCUUGUCCUGGUGAGACGAAAUCGGAUAACGGUUUGUAUGCAUCCGAGCCGUCAGACGUAAGGAUCAAACCUGAGGAAUGCAGUUCUCAGGCCACCCAACUCAGGGGCCACAAACAGUUUGUUGAAAAUGAUACCGUAGAACCUCGUACCGAUUGUGUUGCUUCAUCUACUCAGUCGCCUGGGAGCCUCGAUUUAUGGAAUCAAGCCGUGUGGACACUGGACUGUCUAGAGGCCUCGCUAAAUCCUCGGGGAUUGCGCGAAGCGCAUUUACGGAAGACAAUAGGUGAACUUCGUCCGUUACUCAUCAGGUUACUAGCUGGGAAUACGUUUACUAGGCCAACGGAAAAAGAUUUAUGCAAGACCACGACACAACUUUCUACACAAUAUUCGCCGGAGUCUGUCCAGCUCUCGUGGCUAGAAAUUUCGUUACGUCGCUUGGCUGCCCGACUUCGUCUCCGGACAGUUAUUAACUCUUGCUUAGCGAUGGAAUGUGUACGUGAGACAGAUCAAUUGAACGAGACACACACAGACAGCCAUCCCAGAGAGAAUGUCCUUAGCGAGGAAGCGUCGUCUUCUGCUUCUGUGAAGCAUGAAGAGCUCCACCACAAGAAAUUCCAACCGAUUACAAGCAGCUUGGAAACUUCCGCCCGCUUGAAGAAAUUGGCCCAACUUUUAUUGGCUCUCGGUCAUGCAGUCGGCCCGAAGGCCGUUUCUGGGCCCAUAAGUCAAGAAAAUAGAACCCUGCGUACCGGUCGAUAUUCCCUACCGUUCGGAGAAAUUGCGGCAUCUGGUGAUUCAAUUAUAGCAUCGCAGUCUUGCUCUGUCCAGUUACCACCACGUACAACCGGAUGGCAACGCUGGUGCACACAUGUUGAGCAGGUCAACUCCUCCAGCGAACUUCAUCUGUUAGCUCGCGCACUGGAACGUGGUGUUCGACGCGCAGCCAUCGGUGGACGACGAAUUCCGUUCGCCUACUCCACGAAAAAACGUUCGUUACCGAAGGUCCGCUGUACGGCAUGUCGGUGGCCACCAGAUCCUCAGCCAACCACUCCCCAAUUGGUUUCACACCCAGCUGCACACUCAAUCCAUUUCGGACCCCAUACCCCGUUGUCCACAUGCGCAGGCUGUUCGGCUCCGUUUCAUUUGGAUUGCUUGUUAAACAGUAGGUCCCGUGUACACCGUUCCUCGCUCCGAUCCCAAUCCAACAAGUUACGUCCACCCUCUGCAGUCCAGCUCAAAGGAUUAACUGAAUCGGAUCUACGUAUGACUGGAUAUUGCGGUUUCCACUCCUCACUGAACAGUAUCACUGCGGCCCGAAUGGAGACAUGUGGCGCCAGUGUAUACUUGUGUAACGCCUGCUUACGUGUUGCUGGAAAGAAACCUCAAUGUGAUCUCGCUCCUCAUCAGUACGACCAUUCUUCCAAUGAUCAGUUAACCGGAGAUGAAGAGUGGGAGACAGAUUCAGAGCUAUCAAACUCGGAGGUUGAAGAAUUUCAGUCAGCUACAGAAAACAAGGUCCCUGUUAUGGAUGAUUUGCUGCCUGAUAGACACAGGCGUCGUGGACCCCCAGCGAAACUUGGAAGUCCAGAGCAACCGAAGUUGUGCACUGAACCUCGGAGACGCCACUCAACACCUCCUUGUAGACUCAAAACAAUACGACCCGCGAGCACUGUUGGAGCUUCACAGUUACUGCGUGUUGGACGUCCACAUACUCAUCGAAUAUUGAAACGGACGCAUCCCAACCGAUGUUCUGAACGGCAUUUACGCAGCUCAGCCAAACGGAUAAAAUUUUCUUCCGUGGAGGAUCGGUACACCAGACGACCGAGACGUCCAAAUCGCCGUUAUUUUGAGCUUGACUUUUUUAACCCUUCAAUGGGUGAAUCACGAGAUGAGCAAUCGAAGGACAGUGAUCGUACUGACGAUUUGUCUGCUGACAAGAUUAACCGUGGUUGGGAUGAGGAAGCUAUCCUCAAAUUUCCUGAUAUUUUCUUGAAAAGAGCGACUGUGGUUGUCGUUCCGUGUGAUCUAAACCAGAGUCAGUCCCGCAUGCCACGCCCGUCUCUCCGCCGUUCGUCCAAACCGGAAAGUACUCCCUCCUCCGCAGUAAAUGGAUUUCCCGAAAAGACCGACACACAAAAGUGGGUGGAAAAACUAUUUUCGGAACUGUGCCACAGCAAUUCCGCCCGUCCAUUGUUACGGUGUGGCGUAGGUCGCCAAAUCACCCUUAUGGACCAAAAAGAUCGUCGGGUUGCCGAACUACCCAACAGUCGUAGGCACUCGGAUCGUGUCAGGGUAGCAAGUCACCGCCUCUGUUCAACCAACAGCCCUCAAACAGUCAAAAGCUCGGAGAAGCUCUUGGCUUGGGAUCUUUCAUCAUUGCAGGAAUUGUUAGUUCGACAGGAUUUACCAGGUGGUCCUGAACAAGCGAUCGAUCAGCUCAAAUUGCUGAUUUCCCAUUGGUUGGCUUCCAAUCGUCCCGGGAGUCGCUUGCAUCAGUGUGCCUUAGAUUUAUCUGAUCAGCUUGACGCGAAACUGAGUGCAUUCAAGCAACAAAGUGAACCUAGUCCUAGUAACGCAUCAUCUGGUUAAAAAAAUCCCGCACAUUUGAUCUCAUUUCUCUUUUAUUUUUUGGCUUCAAGGCUCACCUGUACAGUGUAAAUUGCUAAAUGUAUACAGAUUUUUGUAACUCUUGCGUUAUUUUGAUAUAUGCUUGAUCCGAUGUCGUUUGUUAAUGCAACCACGAUAAGUAUAGUUUUUUCCACUGAGAAUAUUUUUGUACGUUAUUUUUUCUGAG